GAACUACAGGAACCAGAGGCUGGAGCUGGGAGCGCAGCGCGGUGACAUCACGCGUCUCCGGUGUUGACAACCAGGCAGCAAGCAGGCAGGCAGGCAGGCAGGCCCUUAAUGGUUAGAGCCGACUGGGGCAGCGCCGCAGCCAUUAGCCAGACACCGACCUCUAUGAGCUUCACGGCGCUCUGCUCAAACCAUGCUGGGUGAUCCUAAUCCUGACAGCUGUAGAUGGGCACCACGCCUGCGCCGAUCAUCCAACAACGCACUCUUUGUGUCAUUUUCUGCAGAUUCACCUAUGUGCCUUCAGCUGGAUCACAACCGAAUAUCAUCGGCUGUAAACUGGCAGUAAGUGUUAGACUCAAAAUCAAAUAAAUCUCUGCAGAGGCACACUAAAUUUCCCAGAACCGGGGUCGCUGCGGCGCAUCUGUUUGUGUAGCGUUUUAUGUAUUCAUGGUGAUAUGAAGUAGGCUAAAGAUGGGGCGCAUCAGAGCUUUUCUGCAGCUGACAAGGCGCGGGGUGAAGCUGGACCGGGUCAGAGAGCUCGGCAGACAGUACCCAGUCUUUUGUUUUAUGCUGCUGGGCUUACUGCUGUCCACUAUACUCUUAAAUAGAUAUAUUCACAUUAUCAUGGUGUUUUGGUCGUUCCUGGCUGGUGUUGUCACCUUUUACUGCUCACUGGGGCCCGAGUCUCUGCUGCCAAACAUCUUCAUGUCCAUUAAACCAAAGACUAAGUCCUUCCAGCCGGAGCUGUUUCCCCUGGGCCACAGCUGCGCUGUUUGUGGAAAGAUUAAAUGCAAAAGACACAGACCAACUUUAUUACUGGAAAACUAUCAGCCAUGGCUUGACCUAAAAAUACCCUCUAAGGUGGAUGCUUCUCUGUCUGAGAUUCUGGAGCUUGUCUUAGAAAAUUUUGUAUAUCCCUGGUACCGAGAUAUCACGGAUGACGAGUCAUUUGUUGACGAGCUGAGGGUGACUUUACGCUUCUUUGCAGCUGUGUUGGUUCGCCGAAUUCAAAAGGUGAACGUGGCUUCAGUCAUCACACAAAAGCUCCUCAAAGUUUCCAUGAAACACAUUGAGAUUAUCAGCAAAGCCCGGCAGAAAGUGAAGAACACAGAGUAUCUUCAACAAGCUGCCCUGGAUGAGUAUGGUCCUGAUCUCCAUGUGGCGCUCCGAAGUCGUAGAGAUGAGCUUCUCUACCUCCGGAAGCUGACUGAGAUCCUCUUCCCCUACAUCUUGCCACCCAAGGCCACAGACUGCGGAUCUCUAACUCUCCUGAUAAGAGAAGUCUUGGCCGGUUCUGUCUUUCUUCCUUCCAUGGACUACUUAGCUGAUCCAGACACAGUGAAUCAUUUAAUCCUAAUAUUUAUCGACAAUUCUCCUCCCGAAGAAGCAACAGAGCCAACUUCAACACUGGUUCCAUUUUUACAAAAGUAUUCUGAUUCUCGCAACAAAAAGCCCUCAGUGCUCAAGCUGGAGUUGAAAGAAAUCAGAGAACAGCAAGACCUCCUCUUUCGUUUUAUGAACUUCCUGAAACAAGAGGGAGCUGUGCACGUGCUCCAGUUCUGUCUCGCAGUAGAGGAAUUCAACGAUAGGAUUUUGUGCCCGGAGCUGUCGGACUCGGAGAAGAUGAUGUUGCACGAAGAGGUGAAGAAGAUCUACGAGACUUACUGCUUGGAUGAGAGCGUUGACAAGAUCCGCUUCGACCCCUUUAUAGUGGAAGAAAUCCGAAAUGUUGCUGAGGGCCCAUAUGUGGAUGUGGUGAAACUCCAGACCAUGAGGUGCUUGUUUGAAGCUUAUGAGCAUGUGCUAUCCCUCCUGGAAAAUGUUUUCACCCCGAUGUUCUGUCACAGCGAUGAGUAUUUUCGACAGCUUCUGAAAGGAGCCGAGUCCCCGGCCAGGAAUUCCAAAAUGAGCAGAAAUAGCGUCAGUUUGGAUGACAUUCGCUCCUGGGACUGGAGCCCUGAGUCCCCGUCCUCACUCUUCACCACCUCUGGCAGCUCCUCACCUGCAUCCUUUACCUCCCUCCAUGCCCAGUCCACGUUCACAAACUUUCCAUACGGCUCGCAAUCCCACCGCCACUCAUCACCCAAGAACACGUCAAGGAGGGGCGAAUCUUUCGGGAUUAGCCGCAUUGGCAGUAAGAUCAAAGGAGUGUUCAAAAGCACGACCAUGGAGGGCGCCAUGCUGCCAUCCUAUGGACUGGUGGAAGGAGAGGAUGAUAUGGUGGAGGAAGCCAUGAUGGUAGUGGAGGAUGACUCCCCCAUGGAGGCGGCGUCCACGCCCAGCACCCCUCGAAACCUCACUGCCUGGAACAUCACGAUCCCGUACAUCGAUUUCUACGAUGACGAUGUGAAGAGAGAGAGGAUUCCGGUCUUCUGUAUCGAUGUGGAGCGCAAUGACAGGAAAGCAGUGGGUCAUGAUACUGAGCACUGGUCAGUCUACAGGAGGUAUCUGGAGUUUUAUGUCCUGGAAUCAAAGCUCACCGAGUUUCACGGUUCAUUUCCAGAUGCUCAGUUGCCCUCAAAGAGAAUAAUUGGUCCAAAGAAUUAUGAGUUUCUAACAUCCAAGCGGGAGGAGUUCGAGGAGUACCUUCAGAGACUCCUGCAGCACCCGGAGCUGAGCAACAGCCAGCUCCUGGCUGACUUCCUGUCUCCUCACAGCAUGGAGUCUCAGUUUCUUGACAAGAUUCUGCCUGAUGUGAACCUUGGGAAAAUCAUUAAGGCAGUGCCGAGCAAACUGAUAAAAGAGAAAGGACAGCAUCUGGAGCCUUUCAUCCAGUCUUUCUUCAACUCCUGCGAAUCUCCCAAACCCAAACCCAGUCGACCAGAACUCACCAUCCUGAGCCCUACAUCAGAGAACGAUAAGAAGCUCUUCAACGACCUCUUCAGAAACAACGCCAACCGAUCAGAGAUGACAGAGAAAAGACACAACCAGAACUACUUCAUGGAGAUGAUUACCGUUGAAGGGGUCUAUGAUUAUUUAAUGUAUGUGGGUCGGGUUGUGUUUCAUAUCCCUGACUGGUUGCAUCACCUGUUAAUGGGCGGCAGAAUCCUGUUCAAGAACACGCUGGAGGCCUAUACCGAUUAUUACCUACAGCACAAACUGAACCAGGUGGUCCAGGAGCACCGGCUGGUCUCACUCAUCACCCUGCUUAGAGAUGCAGUGUUCUGUGAGAGCAGUCCGCCCCGCUCUGCCCAUGACAAACAAAGCAGAGCAAAGAGGACGUUUGAGGAGAUGAUGAGCUAUAUUCCAGAUUUUCUAGGAAAGUGUAUCGGAGAAGAAGCGAAGUACGAGGGGAUUCGCCUUCUCUUUGAUGGACUGCAGCAGCCGGUUCUCAACAAACAGCUGACUUAUGUGCUGCUGGACAUCGUCAUUCAAGAACUUUUCCCAGAAAUAAACAAGGUACAGAAGGAGACCUCUCUGAUGGCUCCAUGGAUGUAAAUUCAACAGGACUGGAUGACCUGAGCUACCAUGGUCAACUGGCAGGAACUCAUGUUCAAUUGCUCCUGCAUCCGGGAGGCUUUGAGUCCGGGGUUAUCUGACGACCGGUGGACAGCACCAGGGUGUCUCAGCGUGGACCGUAGAGGACUGUUUAUUUUCACAUAGACUGAACUGAUCAGUCAGCUGCGGGCAUCAGACAGAAAAUAAGCCUCUACGGCUUCAGUGACAUGAACAAUGCUGUUACAGAUUAAUCAACAUGCUUCAGGUUUUUAGCAGAGUAUUGGCAACAUACUUUUUAUUUAAUGUGGUAGAAAUAACAUGAAGGGCAGCUGAAAGGUGCAAGUGCAGGAAGGCGUAGAUGUGUGAUGUGGAAAAUGUGGGAGUAUUCUGCAGAUUUGCAGACCUGUUUUGUGCUAAAAUGUGAAGAAAAAACUAAAAUUGCUUUUCUCCCUGGUAAAGAAAAAGUAAUAUUUAGAGCGGAUCCAUGGGCCGUACUGCAUGUCUUUUUGUAUUUGCUGUAAUCCAUCUCUCUGAUGCUUUACAGUCAAAUCUGAGCUCUCAGUUUAGAAGACCAAAUUUAUCUGCAGCUUUUCUCCUGGUAUUUUGCAAAUAUUUGUUUGGACAUAACAGCUGGGCAAAAAUCAGCACAUUUUUUGAUUUAACUUUUUUCUUAAACAGCAGCAGAAAGGUUGUUGGUAGGUUUUUCUCCGGGAAGCCGAGGAAAGGUGAAAUCACAAAAGAAUGAAGCCAAUUAAGAUGGUCCAGACUCCUUCAAGCACUAGAGGGAAGAAAGACGAAUGGAUUCUCCCUGAAUAUUUCUAAUCAAUCUGAAAAAUAAAUUAAAUAUUAAUUUAUUUAAAGUAUAGCAGCUCUGGUGUGGUUCAAUUUAAUUUAUUUAUAUAGCACCAAUUCACAACACAUGUCCUCUAAAGUCAAUUCAGGCUAAUCAUACAGAUUCCAAGUCAGGUACAUCAAUUCCAAUUAAUCCUAAUUAUCCAACAGUGCAGUCAGAUUCAGUUUAUUAUUCUGAUUUGUUAAAAGGUUUUAUAUCUAAGGAAACCCAGCAAAUUGCAUUGAGUCAGUGACUUUCAGCAUUCACUCCUCCUGGAUGAGCAUGUAGCGACAGUGGACAGUCGCUUGCAUUGACUUGGCAGCAAUACGUGUUUGUGUUUAAUUAUCUGCAGGUAUAGGUGUAGGAACAUGGGCAUUCAUGAUCCAAACAAGGUAAAAAAAGAAAGAUUUUAGAUGCUUUUAGUCAUUAAAUGCAUUAAUUUUGUUAAACCUGACUGAAGAAGACUUUCGGUUCAUCACCAGUGUCCACUUGUAGAACCUGGGGUCCAGAUAUUAAGUUGUAAAUUGUCUUCCAGAAAUCCAUGCUGCUGCUCAUUCUGGGAAAUCCAAAGGCAUAACUAUGCCACAGAUGUACAGUUAAGCAACAAAACUUUUCACACCCUGACAUUUAAAAGGGUUUUAAUUUGACCAACAGGUUUCUUCUGGCUCGAUGUAACUUUAAAACUUUGGAGCGAUCUAGCGGGGUUCAAGACUUGAAUCGGAUGCAGAAUCUGUUGCAAAAUCCAAUGAUUAGGAUGAUGGCAAAGAGGCCAUUCCCACCAAAAUCAUCUAAAUACCGGCCGCAGCCAUCCAAAGAAUAGUUUGAUUACUUUAAGACCAAUAAAGAUUUUUUCAUUUAUUAUUAAGAAAGUAUUUCAUUUCCAAUAUGCCAUUUUUACAAAUUUAAUUGUAAUUUAAAAAAAUUGUUUUCAAAACCGAUAUUUUGUUUUACAUUAUAUUGAUUUCGUUUUCAUUUUCUAUCCACCACCACUUGUGGUGGAUUGUACAGAGGCUUGGCUGGUUUCAAAUUAAUUGUAAGACCUCUUCAAGCCCCUUACCAGACUCAUAAGUUGGUACAAUUAUCUUUCUGAAGGUCCCAGACAGAUCUUUGGAUCUCACCGUGGUGUUCUCUCUCACUUCAUCAGUCAGGAGCACCAAACUAAAUAUCUGAGGGUUGAUCAGGAUAAACCUUUAAAAUGCUGAGUAACAAUGACACUUUACGCCUGAGUAAGUUUAGUUAUUUAAGGUACAGAUAAUUGUGGGGUUGUUCUAAUUUAUUCCCUACUAGAAAUAACCCUUUAUAUGAAAAUUCUAUUUAUUUUUGUCAGUUUUUGUCUGCUUGUUACUUGACAUUUGGGGUAUUGUAAAAAUAAAUAUCCAUAUGUCCUAAUAUGUUAAAACAACA